CACAGAGCUGAAGCUGAGCACAGCUCCCGUCACAUUCUCUCUUCUCCUCCUGAGAGGCUCGCUGCGUUCCAGCGCUGUGGCGGCUUGUCCAUCCCAGAAUGACCUUGCUGUGAGAUUGAGCGCGCUCCCAUCACACUGCAUUGGAUUAUUGGAAAUGUGUCUCUGUUGUGCGCUGUUCCUAUAGAGCAUGUGCUGUAAUGAGCAUUUGGACAGGAGUGCUGUGAGUAUGUAGGCGGAUUACUGAGGACGCGCAGAUACAUGACGAGACGAUCCGGACAGAACAAAGCUCGGUGCAGAUUUGUUCAUGAGGAGGAAGAGGGACCAUCUUUUAUCUGUGCUCAACACCUAGGAGCCCAUACCUGUUUAGCAGUUUUAGCAGAAGGAGAUAAAGCCCGGUUUGAUCUGGACUUUCCGUUUGAUAUUUAAGUUUGGUUUGCAAACAGCAACUCCAGCCUCCUGUGUCUCCGUUCACACUCAGUUGCAUGAGGAUCAUUUUGGAUUUGCAUGGUAGAGAAAUACAAAUCAUUUCCCUAAGGCUUCUUUAGUUGGAGAAGAGUUCACAGCAGUUUGAUGCAUUUGUUUGUCAGCUCUUAAGAAACAGUACAAUUCCGCUGAUGCCCUUCAUGUAAUUCAUUUUUCUGAAUGUGCUUCCAUCUGUGAGGAUCUAGUCGCUCAUGGGAAUAGAUUCCUCCUGACCCACGCACACUUCCACCACAGUAUUAAAGUACGGUACUGGAGAAAUAAACAGAGCUAUGGCUGGGCUCCUCCGAAGGACCCUUCCCCGCUUCUCUCUGACCCUCACCCUCACUGUCCUCCUCUCCUGCUCCUGCCCGGUUCUAGGCAAGAAGAAGCUCUACAUCGGAGCCCUGUUCCCCAUGAGCGGAGGCUGGCCGGGGGGACAAGCCUGCCUCCCCGCCGCUCAGAUGGCUCUGGACCUGGUGAACAGCAGGACCGACAUACUGCCCGACUACGAGCUGGAGCUGAUACACUACGACAGCAUGUGUGAUCCAGGUGAGGCCACCAAGCUGCUCUAUGACCUUCUCUACACGGAGCCCAUUAAAAUCGUGCUGAUGCCAGGCUGCAGCUCUGUGUCCACGCUGGUGGCUGAAGCUGCCCGCAUGUGGAACCUCAUAGUGUUGUCGUACGGCUCCAGCUCUCCGGCUCUGUCUAACCGACAGCGUUUCCCCACCUUCUUCCGCACCCACCCGUCUGCCACGCUGCACAACCCCACCCGGGUGCAGCUCUUCCAGAAGUGGAAAUGGACCAAGAUCGCCACCAUUCAGCAAACCACAGAAGUCUUUACAUCAACUCUGGACGACCUGGAGGAGAGGGUGAAGGAGGCCGGGAUAGAAAUCAGCGUUCGUCAGAGCUUCCUCUCCGAUCCUGCUGUGGCUGUCAAAAACCUCAAGCGCCAAGAUGCCAGGAUUAUUGUCGGCCUGUUCUAUGAGACGGAGGCCAGGAAAGUCUUCUGUGAGGUGUACAAGGAGAAGUUGUAUGGGAAGAAGUACGUGUGGUUCCUCAUCGGCUGGUACGCAGACAACUGGUUUAAGAUCAAGGACCCGUCCAUCAACUGCACCGUGGAGCAGAUGACGGAGGCUGUGGAGGGUCAUGUGACCACGGAGAUCGUCAUGCUCAACCCGGAGACGGUGCGCGGAGCCUCUAACCUGACCUCUCAGGAGUUUAUAGCCCAGCUGAUGUCCAAACUGGGGGGUAAAAACCCAGAGGAGACAGGGGGCUUCCAGGAGGCCCCCCUGGCCUACGAUGCUGUGUGGGCAUUAGCUCUGGCCCUCAACAAGACCGUGGGACCCCUGAAGGCCAAGGGUCACCGACUGGAAGACUUCAACUACAACAACCGAGACAUCACGGCUGAGAUCUACAGAGCCAUGAACACCAGCUCCUUCGAAGGAGUGUCAGGUCAUGUUGUAUUUGACGCUCAGGGGUCUCGAAUGGCCUGGACUCUGAUUGAACAGCUUCAAGGAGGGAGCUAUAAGAAGAUUGGAUACUACGACAGCACCAAAGGCAAUCUGUCGUGGUAUGGGAAUGACAAGUGGAUAGGCCCCGGCCCCCCUGCAGACCAGACGGUGGUCAUCGAGGAGUUCCGCUACCUGUCCCAGAACAUCUUCGUGUCUGUAUCCGUCUUCGCUGGGUUGGGAAUCCUGCUGGGAAUCGUCUGCCUCACCUUCAACAUCUACAACAGCAAUGUCAGGUACAUCCAGAACUCCCAGCCCUACCUGAACAACAUGACUGCAGUGGGCUGUAUGAUGGCUCUGGCCGCGGUCUUCCCUCUGGGCCUGGACGGCCUGCACGUCAGCGCGAGACACUUCCCCGCCGUCUGCCAGUUCCGCCUCUGGCUGCUGGGUCUGGGUUUCAGCCUGGCUUAUGGCAGCAUGUUCACCAAGAUCUGGUGGGUCCACACCGUCUUCACCAAGAAGGAAGAGAAGAAGGACAAGAGGAAGCACCUGGAGCCGUGGAAACUCUACGCCACGGUCGGCGUCCUGCUGGCCAUCGACAUCCUGCUGCUCAUGCUUUGGCAGAUUGUUGAUCCUCUACAUAUCACAGUGGAGAAAUUCACCAGAGAAGCCCCCAAAGGAGACCUGGACGUCCUGAUCCAGCCUCUCCUGGAGCACUGCAGCUCUGAGAAGAUGAACACCUGGCUGGGUGUGGUGUACGGAUACAAAGGCCUGCUGCUGCUGCUCGGCAUCUUCCUGGCCUAUGAGACCAAGUCCAUCUCCACGGAGAAGAUCAACGACCACCGGGCGGUGGGCAUGGCCAUCUACAAUGUUGCUGUGCUGUGUAUGAUCACAGCUCCAGUCACCAUGAUCCUGUCCUCUCAGCAGGACGCCUCCUUCGCCUUCGCCUCCUUGGCCAUCGUGUUCUCGGUCUACAUCACCCUGGUGGUCCUGUUUGUCCCCAAGAUGCGGCGUCUGAUCACGCGGGGGGAGUGGCAGUCAGACGGUCAGGAGACCAUUAAGACCGGCUCGUCCACCAACAACAACGACGAGGAGAAGUCCAGACAGCUGGAGAGAGAGAACAAGGAGCUCCAGAAGAUCAUCCAGGAGAAAGAAGAGCGUGUCUCUGAGCUGAGGAACCAGCUGACUGAGCGACAGGCCCUGCGCUCCAGGAGAAGAGCUUCCUCUGUCACCAACCAGAACCACAGCUCUCCGGCCCUCGCCAUUCACCAGAGCGACCCAAGGUCCUUAGCCCCUCCUCCAGGGUACCCCGUCCCCAUCUCUGACCUCCAUCCCAUCCCUUCGUCCUUCGGAAACUCGUCCAGCCUCUACCAGCCAGACAGCAAAAUCAGCCGAAAUAACUGCCACGCCAGCCGGCUGCAGCUGCUGUACAAGUGAGGGGGGGGGGGGGGGACAUUGGAGGGAUGAGGACAGUAAGGACAUUCAUAGUUACAUG